CAGUGCCCGCCCACCCGCCGGCGGACAUGGCGUCUCAGCUCCGUCUCCGCUCGGCGCUGGCCCUGGUCACAGGCGCGGGUAGCGGCAUCGGCCGAGCUGUCAGUGUGCGCCUGGCCAGAGAGGGGGCCGCCGUGGCCGCUUGCGACCUGGACGAGGCGGCAGCAAGCGAGACGGUGCGGCUGCUGGGCGGGCGGGGUAGCGAGGAGGUGGCGCCCUGCGGGGGCCACGCAGCCUUCCAGGCUGACGUGUCUGAGGCCGGGGCGGUCAGGCGCCUGCUGGAACAAGUACAGGCCUGCUUUUCUCGCCCACCGUCCGUCGUUGUGUCCUGUGCUGGGAUCACCAGGGAUGAGUUUCUGCUCCACAUGUCUGAGGAUGACUGGGACAAAGUCAUAGCUGUCAACCUCAAGGGCAUCUUUCUAGUCACUCAAGCUGCAGCCCAACUCCUGGUGUCCAGUGGUUGUCAUGGUUCCAUCAUCAACAUCAGUAGCAUCACAGGAAAGGUGGGGAACAUGGGACAGACAAACUACGCAGCAUCCAAGGCUGGAGUGAUUGGGCUGACCCAGACUGCAGCUCGAGAACUUGGCCGACAUGGGAUCCGCUGUAACUCUGUCCUCCCAGGGUUCAUUACAACACCUAUGACACAGAAAGUG